AUGUCAACAUUGCCGUUGGCGAUGUCCAGCAAGAAAGACACUAUCCGCUUUAUGAAGCGACAGAUCGAGAGUGGGAUGAUACUGUCUGAAUCCGGGCGCUAUUUUCUCCCCGAUUUUGCCCUUGAAAGUAUUUUCACGAUACAGAAUAUCGAGAGAGCCGUCAACGAGUUGCAUUGCGAUGCACACGAACGCAUUGGGUUGGCUCGGAAAAUUUUUGAAGAAGCAGUCCGAACAUUUGCAAUCCUAGUGAGGUGUGGAGAGGAGUAUUCAAUCAUAUCCUUUCGUGAGCACGGUGUCACGGAUAGUAGCCUUCCGUUGAGUGAAGAGUGCGCAGUCCGAAUAACCGGCGAAUUUGGUGCUAUAUUUGCAUCCGAAUACCAAUGGCAGUUCCUGCCCUUCGUGUUCCGAAAAGAGAUGAGCGAAUUUCACACUCAGAUCAAUAAGAGAAGAAUUCUCCCCUAUCUCGAUGCCUCCCAAUAUAUAUCCGGUGGUGCGUCUGGGGACGUGUCGAGGGUUCAACUAUUUCCUUUGCUUCAACAAUUUAUGCCCAUUGCGAGUAAGCAUGUCUGGGUUAUUAGGAAGAAAAUAAGGGUUCAAGAAGGCCAGAGCAAAGAGAGUUAUGAGAAGGCAUUUCGGAAUGAGCAACGCUGCUUAGUACUUCUCAAUCGUCUAGAGCAUCCUAACAUCGUUCGUCUACUUGCUUCAUACUCAUAUGGCGGCGAACACUAUUUUCUAUUUUCUGCUCUUGAUAUGAACCUCGAAGAGUUUCUUGAAAUGGAGACCCCAGUUGCACGAUUCGAGCAUUCGAUUACAUUCUACGCGGCGUUGGAAGGUUUGGCUUCGGCACUUCGCCAUACACAUAACUUACACCUUGAAGGGAAUAGACAUGGGAUUGACUUUGACGGCGUUGGAUACCAUCAUGACCUUCGGCCUGCGAAUAUACUCGUAAGCUCAGAGACGUUCAUUCUCGCAGAUUUUGGUCUUGGUAAGUUUAAAACAGCGGACCUACCGUCUCAAACGCGAUGGAAGGCUGGCACGGACGACUAUCUUGCACCUGAGUGUAUGGAUGAAAAUCUUGUGCAUCAGAAUGUGGGCAGAGCAAUCGAUGUCUGGGCUUUUGGGUGUCUCAUAGUUGAGGUGAUUACGUAUAUGAAGGAAGGUGCUCGUAGCCUGAAAGACUUUCGUCAAUCACGAUUAAGUCCUGGACGCGACCCGCAAUGGUCAGACCACUCCUUCUUUGGUAAGGAAGGGAUUAUCAAGCCGAAAGUCCAGAUAUGGUUGACAAGGUUGAUGGCUGGUGCCUUGACCUCCUCCCCUCUUGCCAUGCUAGCAAGACUAGCGGGAAGGGCAUUAAAAGGGGACCCUUACGAUCGUCCCAAGAUGGCGGAUCUAUGUGUUGAGAUUACAUUCAUCAGCCUCAAAGCUCACUUCGGUGCUGUUCGCUCCUUGUUCCAAGCUCAUGUAGAGCGAUGUGCUCGCCCAAUUGAUCGGCCAUCAAUGGGGAUGACGCUGUGGUUUGAACAGGAGCGCUUCCUCACCUUUGGUCAAAUAUUAGGCCUACAUGAUGACGACCCGACACUCUCACUUAUCCAAGAUUUGGCCCACCUUCAUAAUGAUAUCCGAAAGAUCAUGACUAGGCUUUAUUUUGAAUUCAAAGACCAUGAUCACCAAACACAGAGAGAUCAAAAUCAGAGUCCUGAUCAUGACUUGGAGUACAGCUCUCAUGUUGAGGCGCUUGAGACUCGUAUAAAAGAAUCAGUCAAGUUGCUAUGGGAUUGUUUGCCGACUGAGGCCCGGAGGAAGGGGGAGGCCUUCUGGAUCCGAGCUAUAUUGAGAUGCGAAGAACCUGGGUAUUUCAAUGAAAUCCAGCACUCGUUCAGGCUCGAGGAUGAUCCAGCAUAUGAAGAAGGAGCAGCUAUGGCUAUGAUGAAGCAGAUACGGCUGGAGAUAGACUCAAAUCCAACAGAAGUCCCUGAGGACUCCAUAUUGUCCCAUAAGGACGUCCAAAUUGGUAAGUCAGCCAGAGGACAUACGCUGGGUCUUUUCAAGACGACCACCCCGGUCCUUGUGGAAUGGAUGUACUACUCUCCAGCAUGGAAAGCUAUCCCACCCCAUGAGCGCGCGAUUGUGAUGGGAUUAAAAGCUCAAGGUUUCCGCGUGAAGCCAAAACCUUCGAGUCUCAGGAUAUUAGAUUGCGUCGGUGCUUUCGAAAGUACCGGUAAAAAGAAAGGUUACGCUUUCAUCUACAAGAUCCCAGGCCUUGAAGACGGGGCCGAGUCCGUUUCCUCGUUUGCGACGCUUCUUCAGCUGCUGGAAAGUCCAGAGACAUACAUAAGCGAGGUCCAGUAUCCACCGACACUUGGAGAGAGAUACAGGCUCGCAGCUAUGCUCGCAAGCUUUCUGGAGCAAUUUCAUUGUAUAGGCUGGCUCCACAAGGACUUCAAUUCGAACAAUGUUCUCUUCGUUAGAAGGGCCACACAAAUCGACCAGGAUAACGGUCUCUCCCCAAUAAUCGUCCAGCCAUAUGUUGUCGGCUUAAAUAAGAGUCGACCUGGCGGAGAUGCCUGGCACACUCAAGGGCCGGCGAGCGGAGAGAAUUUCCAAGAAUAUCGGCAUCCAGGAUACGCUCGCACUGGUCGAUAUCACAUGGAUUACGACUAUUAUAGCUUUGGUCUGAUCUUGUUAGAGAUUGGCUUUUGGCGUCCGCUCCGCCAUUGGUCCCUGAAACAUCCAACGGUGGAUCUUUCUGGACUUCGGCAGGCACUGCUGGAAAAUUAUGUGCCUCGUCUCGGGGCACAGAUGGGUGCUGUGUAUCAGGAGGUGACUCGGUUCUGCUUAAGCAUAGACUCAAGACUUAACAACAUCGACGACGUGCCGAGCGAGGAAGCAGGCCAACAAGAAGGUCCAGAUGAACUUGCACGGAUUAUUCAGAAAAUAAUAGAGCCCUUAGAGAUGCUGGGGAGAAUGACUGUAUGA